ACAGGGAUGUCAUGGCAGCUGAUGCAUCCAUUGUGAACUUGCACAAACUCGGUCCCCAUUUUUAUGAUUUUGGUGUGCACCUGCAAGACUUGUAUCAUCAAGAGGUUGCCAACAUCGGCAGCAUGCUCACCCAGGCAUUCAUCGAUCGCUUCCGAGUGAUCUUUGAGACGUCUCUCCUAGCAGGAACGGUAGACGAAAGGUCGUCGGCCGUCCAGCAGAAAUUGGAUGCCCUGGAGAAGGCACUGCUGGGUAUCGGACAGGAGAGUCGAAGGGAUCGCGACCGCUGGCUUCGGGAACAGACACACAUCAUCGAAACUGCCUCCAUGGUACAGACGUACCGCAAGCGCAAGCGA